AUGACCGACUCCAAGAUGGACGAGGUCAAAGACUGCCGCAAGCUCAAAGGCAAGACCAACUUCGUCAGUUGGAAACGUGAGUUUGAGCGCGCUGCCAAAACGAAUGAUAUCCUUGAAUAUCUCACCGGCGAAGAAGUGGUCCCUUCAAAGCCUAGGAAGGAAGACUACUUUGAGAAGCCUGGCGGAAUCGACACACGUCGUUUCACCCGAGCAAUGUCAGCUCAGGCCCAGACCGCCACUCCUUCGACUGAAAGUGACGCGGAAAUGCAUGAUAUCCAGACCAUGGUGUCAACCAGUGACAGCCUUCGAUGGCAGAUUGAAAUCAGGGAACACGAAAAGGCCAAGGAAAGGAUGAAGCUUGCAGGCAAAAUGCUUGACUCCUGGGUCUGCGAAGGCAUCAAGAUUGAGAUCGAGGAAUUUGCGGACGCUAAAAAGGCUUAUGACUUCAUCAAGAAGCGCUACGCUGUCACCAACGAGCGUGCUCGCGACGACUUACUGAAUGUGCUACACGAGCUUAAGCUUGACGACUGCUCAUCCAUGACGGAGUACACCAAUAAAGUGCGCCAAGUCAAAGCGGACCUCAAGACUGUCCGGUACCACAUGACCGACGACAUGCUUGCCACUGUCCUCCUCCACGGCCUCCCACCGAACUAUCGCGACUUCAAAGAGAAGUACGACUGGAUCCGCUCGACCAAACCCGAUGAUUCCCCUGAUCUGGAUUAUCUCUAUGAACGCCUCCAUGUCGAGGAAGUCAAACAAACCCGCCUGAAGGAAGGAAAAAAGGCCAAGGACAGGGUAAAAAAGACAGCAAGCAGCUACAGUAACAAUCCUAGCGGUGGUGCUGGUUCCAUCGGCAGCAGAAGACCAAAGCGAGAGGACAAGAGUCAAUUGAAAUGCACUUAUCCUGGAUGUGGCAAGAUCGGCCAUACCGAAGAAACUUGCUGGACCAAAGAACCAUCCAAGGCUCCACGUUCGUUCAAGGAUAGGAUUGCUGCCAACACCGACAACAAACCCAUCGACGGUAUGGGUGCCACCACGGAGACCAAUCUCACCACAUUCAGAGAUGCUUACUCUGUUGCCGAUGACCUAGGUACAGCUCCCUCCCCUGCACCUCAUGCGAACGCAGCUGACAUUUCGCCACAGACGCGUAAUGUUAGUGCUAGUAUGGAGUUGCAGAGAUGGGGGGGAGCUAGUGCUGGCGAUUGGCAGUAUAGAGAAUCGGGACUUUCAACAAGGACCUUGGGAGCUUUCUUAGUUGGUACAUCCUGUACACCAGAUACAUGGCUAGCAGAUACCGGAGCGAAUAUGCACAUUGUCAACAACAUCAAAUGGUUCAAAAAGGGCACUUUUCGUCCCUUCAAUGAUUGCUCCAUAGACCUUAGCACUGCUGAUGAGUCUACCACUCUCGAAGUAAAAGGCGGAGGUGCAGUUCGAGUCAUUCUCAAAAACCCUGAUGGAAUUCCUGUGACCGUGUCACUGUCAGAAGUUGCUUACGCUCCCCAAGGAAAAUGCAAUCUGUUCUCAGGAGGCAUGUUCGCUCAGAAGGCCAAGUUAACGGGUGUCUACAACGACAAAUACAUGACGUGGAUCGAUGGUAAAGGACAUAAAAUUGGCCAUGCCACCUUUGAGAGCGGACUUUACCAUCUCGACGCAGGAAGAGCGCCCAGCUCUCUCGAAUCAGGAGAGAUCGUUGCCGCCACAGUAGACUUUGACGACCCUGUGUGGAAAUGGCAUCGACGACUCGGGCACCUCGGUUUCCAGAAUAUGUUGAAGUUACUAGACUCUUCCACAGGAAUGGAGAUUACAGCAGCACAGGUAAGGGCCAAGCUGAAGGCUGUGUGUCCUGUAUGUGCAGUCACACGGGCUUUAGUCAAGAUCCCACGGGAUCCAGCCAAGCGACACGCGCAACGACCGGGACAGAUGGUACAUGUCGAUGGUUGGGGACCCUAUCCGAUCGAGGGUUUUGACGGCACGAAAUACUUUCUAUUCAUCACCGAUGACUGCACCCGGUACACGUGGACUGCACGCUUUAACCGCAAGUACCAGUUAUUCGAAGUCUUCAAAUCCCUGAUCAACUUCAUCCAGAAGACCUACAACAUCACCAUUCGAUGUUGUCGUUUGGAUAAUGAAUUUGAACGCGGACCGAUUGGCAGAUGGUGUGACAAGCACUCAAUUGCCCGUGAACCCAUUGAACCUUACGCUCACUACCAGAACGGAGUCGCGGAAAGAACCAAUCGCACCAUCCGAGAAAGAACAUCGCCCAUGGUGCAGGAAACAUCGAUUUCUGGACAAGUCUCAAAAAUCAUCUCAGAGAAAGGCACUGAGCUCUUGCGAAUCUCAAAAAUCCCCGAGAAUCUUUGGCCGGAAGCUAUACAACAUGCCGUCUGGCUCAAGAAUCGAACCCCAGCACGCGCUCUUCGCAAGAAAGACGCGAAAACACCAUAUGAAGCCCUGAAGGGCGACAAACCCACCCUCACAAGAGAGCGUAUCUGGGGAAGUCGGGCGUACGUCACCUACCCCCAAGAAUUUCGGACCACGGCCGAAAUGACAAAGCUGCACAGUCCCCGAGGCUGGUUGGGCUAUUUUGUUGGAUGUGAGAGCGAGGCGAUGUACCACAUCUACUCUCCCGAGAAGCACAAGGUCUAUAGAAUCGGUACGGCCAGAGUUGAGGACGGGGAGGGACUGGACGAUCCUCAUGAUGCACCUUGCCUGGAGGACAGAGUCCCUACCAGGGACGUCGAGAUCUCAGAUCAACUCGUUCCCGAUGCCGACAAUGAUGUAACGGAUGACCAGAGUAGUAAUGAUGGGGAGGCUCCACCUCUUCUAGCAGAGACAGAGUCUUCUAUGAACUUGCAUCUACCAGACGCAGAAGACACUACACAUCAGCUUCAGCCUGUUGAAGGAGACACGGACACAGACCAUGAGAGCGAUGACGACGCUACCGAACCUGGAAUUGUUUCCAGAUACUUUGACCAACCAAGGCACGCUGGCAUGGUGAAGCGCAUGAUUAUUGCGGACAACACGGUGGUGGCACCAGAAGGGAGUCGCCAAGCUACACAUGAACAAACCAGAGUUGGUCGAGACGUCUCCACAGAAGCAUCAGACGUGGAUGACGACUCGUGGUAUUACUCAGACGACGGGAAAGUGUCUGAAGCCUACUGGACAUUCGCGGCUAAGCACGGAAAUCGCCACAUGAAAAACUACCUUCCCGAUGAAGCUAAAUGUGAUUGCGGACUGGUAUCGAGAACGAGUCGAGUGCCAGGUGCACCGAUACCUAGUGGAUUCGCCUCUGUUGGCCAUUUAGAAGAAGGAGAGCCAUCCGAUGAUGAGUGCGUACAAGGAAGCACGUCGCUUGCAACCUGUAAUUACCGCAGAUCCGAUGGCACGUACGAAUCAUGGACAAUUCGGCCUUUCCAGUCAACUAUUGCGGGCGAGACAAGUCUCCGCGAAGAUUAUGAACAAUAUGCAGGUCGCAAAAAACGAAAAGUAUCGAAAGGACUUGCGGCAUUGAGAGACGAAGUCUCUACAAGAAAAAAACGAAACGGACAAUCUCAAAUUCGUGGAAUCUCUGAAGACACCGACGAUGCCAUUAUCCAAGAUACACAGCAAACAUUUAAAAACGGUCGCCAUAAGUUUGCAUUCGGCCUAUCGGCACACGGCGACAGGAGAAAGUCGCCUCUUGAGUUGAUGCUGAAGGACAAGACCGACGCGAAAUACCACAACGCCAAGACAGAAGAAUUGACUUCUCACAAAGAGAGAGGCACUUGGGAUAUCGUCCCUUUACCUAAGGGCAUUAAACCGGUGACGUCUCGAUGGGUGACUACUGAUAAAUGUGGGCCAGAUGGACGCAUCACAAGGCAUAAAGCUCGCCUGGUCGCAAGGGGGUUCCAGCAAGAGAAGGGAAUCGACUACGAAGAGACCUUUGCGUCUGUAGUCAAACCAGCGUCAACACGCAUCUUGCUUGCAAUAGCGGCUGUUCUUUCAUGGCCAGUUCAUCAGAGCGAUAUCAAAACUGCCUUUCUGAACAGCAACCUCGAUAGACCAGUUUAUAUGAAAUCACCCAAAGACACCAAGCUUCCUCCUGGAUAUUGCCUCUUACUCCUCAGAGCCCUCUAUGGACUGAAGCAAUCACCUCGCGCAUGGUACCAGAAACUUCGAACAACCUUACAAACCUGGGGGUGGCGCAUGUCAGCUUUCGAUCCUUGUGUCUUCAUCAAUGACAACGCCGGACUCAUACUUGAAGUCCAUGUAGAUGACAUCAAUGUCAUGGGCAAGGACCUCCAAAAGAUACUUGAUUUCAAGAUCAAAAUCUCCCAAACGUUUCCAAUGACAGAUGAGGGGGAGUGCUCAUGGUACCUAGGUAUGCACGUUGAGCAAAAGCCUGGAAAGAUCCGCAUACAUCAGAAGAAGUACAUUGACGAGAUUGUCGCCAAGUACGGCUUCCGCAACGUCGCACCAGUCAAGACACCUCUCGACAAAAACAUCAGACUUUCAAUACAGGAGGGCUACAUUGCUCAUCCCAAAUUUCGCACCGAAUAUCAAUCUAAAGUCGGUUCGCUCAAUUUUGCCAGCAAUCAGACAAGACCAGACAUCGCUUUUACGACGGGCUAUGUGGCACGAUACUCAUCGAACCCAACCCAAAAGCACAUGGAUGCUGUGGACCGCAUUUUUGCGUACCUCAAAAACGACCCAGAAAAAGGAAUUGUCUACUCUGGCAAAUACGGUCUUCGACUCGCCGGUUUUGUAGACAGUGACUUUGCCGGAUGUGAAGACUCACGCAGAUCGACGACGGGGUGGGUGUUUACACUCGCGGGCGGACCGGUUUCCUGGUCAUCACAGAGACAGAAGACAGUGGCUACAUCAACGAUGGAUGCAGAGUACAUUGCAGGCGCAGAGGCUGCAAAGGAAGCUGUGUGGAUUCGCAAUUUCAUUAACGACCUUCGUAUCCCAGGGGUUCAUAUCGAUACAGUCCCGCUAUAUAUCGACAGCAACUCGGCCCUGAAACUUACCAGGAAUCCGGAGUUCCACAGCAGAUCCAAACAUAUCGACGUCAAGCACCACUUUAUUCGCGAAAAAGUCGACGAAGGUGUCAUCAACACUAUGCGAGUAAAUACAAAAGACAACCUGGCUGACGUAUUCACCAAAGCCCUGCCAAGGCCCGCACAUGAGGAUCUGGUGAACCGUCUGAGCCUUUUGUCAGGGGGAGACCCGGAAAAAGCCCAGUAA